AUGGAGGAACCAGUUAAUUCAUUGUGUGAUACAGAGGCUAUUGAAAGUUUAUCCAUGUGUUCACAAGGGCUAGUGAGGGGAAGCUUCCUUCUCAUCAACGUCAAAUCUUACACUCAAGCCAUGUCAUGCAACUGCACAUUUAGGAUAGAACAGGAUGGAUUCAUUACAAUAGCAAUUAGUCGUGUACCAGAAAUGGAAGAUUGUACAAGUCAGGUUGUUCUGAAUUACCAGACCAGAAAAUUGAUUCAGUGUUCUAAAACGCCCACACGCUUUAUUAGCGCUGAAAAUGGUUCAAUGGGCACAAUAUCCUUCAGCUCUUUGUUGAACAGCCAUGGCAAUACGAAGUACUCGUUCCAGUUUUGUGGUGCCAAAAUUUACUUUAUCUGUUACGACGGUGAAGAGAUUAAAGAAACAAAGGCAUCUUCCACCACAGACAAACAAAGCUCAUUGAUAUCCACGACUCAAACAAGCAAAGAAGCCCACGGCGGAGAUGCUACCAAACCUUGGGUUAUUGCAGCAGCUGCCCUUGUUCCUGUAGUUCUUAUUGCUAUAAUUAUCUCAACAGUCAUUUGUAGAAUAAGGACAAGAAGACCCAAGUCUGAAAAAUCAACCAUUUUAAGUACGCAUUUGCCAACAAUUGACAAACUUAUUGAAGAAUCGACAAAAUCACAAGAAGGCAGCAGAAAGUCCAACAAUUCAAAUCAAGAGCCCAUUUACAAUACUAUAGAGGAUGAAGAUGGAUAUCUUAAAUACCCGUCAAUAAUUCGAAGUGGGAGUAUGAGAUACUCCAGAAACCCACUACCACUUGAAAACAAACAAGAAACAUCAGAGGAAGAAUGGGACAAUGUAAACAAUGGUUAUUUAGAAGUGUUUCACUGAAACAAUUUGUUUGAUCGUACAUUGAAUUCAAAGUGUAUACAUAUAUCUAAAAUUAAACGAACCUAGGUACAUUUACUAUAAAUCAAUUA